AUGCUCCGCUUCAAAGGGCCUCGCUUGCCCCUGAAGAAGGGGUCCUAUCGUACGUAUGCUGCAGCUAACAGAUACAUUGAUCUUAAAGUGUGCCAAUUGAAUGCCCUGGACUACCUCUGCGCUGCUUGCGUGUUCGCAUGGUACUGCAUUUCCCAAUGGAAUCAUGUCACUGACGCAGUAACCGAGAGUGAGAGACAGGUGUGGGAUACAGUACAAAUGUAUCUACAGGGGAGAUUCUAUUUGAACACUCUUUGCCCCGGUGUCCCCGAGAUAUUUGCAGUGAUGAUGCGGGCGGGAUCUCUCACGUUUUCCAAACACUGCGUGUUAUUGAUAUCUUCUGGUACACUGGCCGCCCUGUACUUGUCGCUGCGAAGGUGCAGCAUACCCACGGUUAUCUGUGGGCUAUGUAGCUUGUCGCUGGCUCAAAUCCCAUUCUUUCAAGAGGAAUCCGUUAGACUGUCGCCCGAUGCACUAUUUUGGUUCUCCCUCGUGUGCACUGUUCUCUUCUGGAGAUCAUACCGAGCUACAGACAAGCUGCGGUAUUUGUUCCCCCUGUCGCUGAGUCUUGCCCUGGGAAUGAACACGAAGAAGUUAGGCUUUGUGACAUGUCUCUGGAUCGUUUGUUGUUCGCUGUUGGAUACCUGGCGCAUUAUUGGCGAUGUAACAGUCUCUACUUGGCUGAUUGUGAAGAUAGUGCUGAUCAAGUUUCUCUUUGUGAUCGUUUGGCCCUUACAACUGACGCUGUUGGUACACUACUAUCAACUGCUAAAUUUCCGUGUUGACUCGCCGGAGCAAUCUCGCUACAUGUCCUCCGAUUUCCAGGCAUACCUGAGAGGGACAUCCGGGAGGUUCCAGCACCCGGAUGGGUUACUCCACUACGGAGACACAGUUACUUUGCGCCACUUGGAGACCCUCGGCGGGUAUCUGACCUCCUACGACGUCCCGCUGAAAUCGGGCUCCGGUGAUCAAUUGGUCACUUUGUCCGCUCUCGAAGACGACCCACUGACCCACUGGACCCUUGAGACCAAGAGGAACGAAGGUGAUGGCACCGUAGUGAAAGUGAUGGAUCACCUCCGUCUGAGACAUGUUGUCACUGGGAGACUGUUACGUUCUUCUGAGGCGAAACCUGCUGUCAGUGAACAAGAGUACCACAAAGAAGUGUCGUGCAAUGCGAAUGCCAACUAUUCGGGCAAUAUGGACGAACUUUGGAGAUUCGACGUGAAGGGCGUACGCAUUGAUGAACAGGUGCCCGUAUCUUCUGCAAAAGUGGCCCUAAUAAACGUCGGGAGAGGGUGUACCAUACUGGGUCAUGCAAUAAAUAUGCCAGAUUGGGCGUUCAACGACCAAGAGGUGGUCUGCUUGGAGUUCCCCACUGAGAGAUACACCUAUUUCGAAUUACGAGUCAUCAACGCGGUUUCCUCGGAUGCGCUUGUAGAGGAACCUGUCAGCGGGAUAAACCCAAUGAGACUGAUGUGGGAAUGGAUCAUGCGGGGGUACAAGUACUCCUACACAAUGGAGAACCCUACAGGUGCUGACACCGACACGAGUGCGACAACCGUUGACUCAUGGCCGUUUUACAACGUGCGCGGGACACGACCAAUGGCGCCAUACGUGUGGUACGCGUCUACUACCGGUGUAAUUCUCUUUUCGCUGUGGAUCGUGUACCAGUGCAUGCAUUGGAACCCGUGGUCCUACACCCAUGACUCUGCCGCGAUCACAGAACCGCUGUCCAGCGUCGUACUGUGGGACUGCGGAUCCGAAUUUGCGCUCGGCUGGUUCUUGCACUUCCGAACGUUCUCGCAGUGGCCGUCCAAGGCGCCGCCGCCGAUCCAAUGCUACAUACCAAGUGUGAUGAUGGGUUUACUGCUGAUAAGUGUGAUCGUGGGCCGUUCUUGGUAG